CACAGGAGAGCUUUCAGGCAUUUAAACCGUGUGGCGUCAUAUCCCCAGAAUUCAAACUGUGGGAGCGGAGGAGAGAGAGAGAGGCCGCGGAUCCUCCACGUUUUCUGAAAAAGCUCGUGUGACAACUUGGAAUUAAAUAAAGAUGGCGCAGUUCGGGUUUGAGAACGACAUCCACAGUAUCCUGAAGCUGGACAUGCCCAUCACCAACGCUCCCAUGGCGAGGUGGCAGAGGAAGGCCAGCUCCUCCAACACGUCCGCCCUGAGCGGCCUGUCGCCCGGCAAAUCUACCAAUGUGUCGCAGAGCUCAUCGAAGACACCGAGCAAAACACCAGGUAAAAAUAAAAAGCAAACGCCCUCCAAAAUGGGGGGUGACCGCUUCAUCCCCACCAGAAACAGCAACCAAAUGGAUGUGGCGAGUUUCCUGCUCACAAAGGAGAACGAGCCCAUGGACACAAACAACACAGCAGGGACAUCAGACAACCAGAAAGCCUGGUCUGUGUCACUGAAUGGAUACAAUAUUGAAGAUGCAAAGAUCCUGCACCUUGGAGGGAAACCACUGAAUGCACCUGAAGGUUAUCAAAACAACUUGAAAGUCCUCUAUAGCCAGGUUGCAACUCCUGCCUCGGCCAAAAAGACGAGAUACAUAUCUUUGACUCCUGACAGAAUCCUGGAUGCUCCUGCUCUUCGCAAUGAUUUCUAUUUGAAUCUGCUUGACUGGAGCAGUCGAAACGUUCUUGCUGUGGCUCUUCAUAACACUGCUUACCUGUGGGACGCCACUCAAGGAGACAUCAUUCAGCUCAUGAAGUUGGACCGUGAGGAGGACUACAUCUGCUCAUUGUCCUGGACCAAGGAGGGAAGCUACCUGGCCAUCGGCACAAGUGACUGCAAAGUUCAGCUAUGGGAUGUUGAAAACCAGAAGCGUUUGCGCAGCAUGGCCAGCCACACAGCCAGAGUUGGUAGCCUGAGCUGGAAUGACCAUAUUCUUUCCAGUGGCUCCAGGUCAGGGCACAUCCACCAUCAUGAUGUGAGGGUGGCAGACCAUCACAUCUUCACACUCAGCGGUCACUCGCAGGAGGUGUGUGGACUGACGUGGUCCCCCGAUGGGCGAUACCUGGCCAGUGGGGGCAACGACAACUUGGUGAGCGUAUGGCCCCGUGUGAAUGGGGGCAGCGUCAGCAAUGAAAGCCAAUCAGUCCGCUGCUGGAGCGAACAUCAAGGAGCUGUCAAGGCUUUGGCUUGGUGUCCAUGGCAGCCAAACAUCCUGGCAUCUGGAGGUGGUACCAGUGAUCGUCACAUCCGAAUCUGGAACGUAAACAGUGGCGCCUGCAUCAGUUCACUCGACACUCAGUCCCAGAUCUCCUCACUGUCAUUUGCACCAAACUAUAAGGAGCUGGUCUCUGCUCAUGGAUAUGCUCACAACAACGUCGUUAUCUGGAAGUAUCCGUCUCUCACCAGAGUCGCAGAGCUCAACGGUCAUGAGGACAGAGUUCUGAGUUUGACUAUGAGCCCAGACUGCUCUACAGUUGCGACUGUCGCUGGGGAUGAAACAAUACGUAUGUGGAAGAGCUUUGAAGUGGAUCCUGUGAAGAAGAAGGCCAAAGAAAGGAUGGUGAAGUCAACCAGCAGUGUCAUUCAUCAAUCAAUCAGAUAACUUUCUUUUUUCUUGAAUUGGGGUUUUUUAGUCUGUAUAACAAAUGUGCAAAUGUUUUAUUUAAUCAACAAUAAAGUUGUCCACUGGU